AUGACAAUGACAGCGUCAGCCACUUUAAAAACAGUAUCAAUAACAACUGAAAAUAAUUAUAUUAAUAGUAUAAAUAGUAACAAACGUAAAAAUCAAGAAAAUAUAAUUUCAUCAAUAACAAAUAAAUCGGUAGAGCGUCGUAAUUCAAGUUCUGAUGACCUGUUAAUAAAAUCAGCAAAUAAAAUAGAUGAUAGUUUUAAUGGAAAUCUACCAAAAUUUCGUAUACCUAAAAUAACGAGGUCAAAUAAUAGUAUACUAUCAGCAGAUGCUAAUCAAUUAUCUUCAAUAGAAAUGAAAAUAAAAACCAAUACGUGUCCUUCACCACCAAUAUCAAAUACAAAAACAAAUUCUUUACCAACUAAUAAACCGAAUGAUAAAUUUGACUUUUCACAGGGAAAAAGAAAACUUUCUUUAAGUCAAUAUCAAGAACACAAACGAUUGAAAUUGAAUGACAUUGAAGAAAAUUUUUCAGCUGAUGUUGAUAUGCGAAUACAUACAAUGGAUAAUAUUAAGAAUUCACCAUCGACAGCUAUGGAUGAGGACUCUACAAUUAUAUCAGAAAAUCAAUCAGUAGUUAGUCCAAAAAUAGAAAAUAUUGAUAAAGAUAGAAUUAUUAAAAGUAAUCUGAGUCAACCAGGACUAAAAAAAUUAAUAAAAAAAAAACUCAUUUGGGCAGAUGAAAAAAAUCAAGCUCUUGUACAGACAUCAUUUUUUGAAAUAGAUGAUUCAGAAUUAGCAGAUAUGCAUGCAUUUGCACGUCAAUGUGCAACAAAUCUAUCUAUAGCACAAGUUGAAAAAUUAUGGGAACAUGAUCUUCGUAAACAACAAAGUUUAGAAAAGAUAAAUUCAUCUGAUAAUGAUGAUAAACAAAAUUUAGUUUCAUGGCCAACUUUAAUACGUAUUUUAUUGCCGGAUACAAUAGUUCAAUCACAGAAACGUCUUGAACAAGAAAAACGUGAAAAAAAUGUUUUAAAAACAUUUUUAACAUCUUCAUUUUUAUCUGAUAGACAAGGUGAAUUAAACGGUGAUCUUCUUGGAAAUAGUACUAAUGAACCAAAAUUAAUUCCACUUGAUAAUAAUAAUACAUUGUCUGUGUCAAAUGAAGUAUCGUCUUUAAAUAAUAAUAAUUCAACUUCAACAAAUAUAUCUUUAGCUUCAACUAAUCCAAUAUCAUCUGUUUCAUCAUCAUCCGAUAUUAUAUCACCUGAAGUUGCUCGAAUUCUUGCACAAGCAAAAGAAAAUUCAGCAUCUGUAACUGCCAAUAAUCUUUCAUCAAUACCAGUGAAUACAGAAAAUAAUCAAUCAACUACUAUAACAUCAACAAAUCCACCUUUAGCAUCCAUACAAAAUUUUCUUUCUUCUUUACUCAAUAUUCCACAACAGAAUGAAAUAAAUACAACAAGUAUAUCAUCAACAAAUUCAACAGCUAAUAUUGUGUCAAAUACUCCAGUUAAUGUCAAUUUAACAAUUCCUACAAAUUUUGCUUUAAAUCAAUUAUUAGCAAAUGUUUUUCCUUUUAGUACAACAUCAACAACUUACAAUAAUUCAAUUAUUCAACCAUCAUCGGCUAUAUUUAAUACAUCACCAUCAAUACCAAUUACAACAACAAUAAAUUCUACUAAUAAUUCAGCUAUAAAAUCAUCAAUAGUUCCUAUUCUUUCUAACCUCGAUCAUCAAUCAUCAAGAUUUAACAAUAACAAUGAACGACAAAAUAAUAAUUUUUAUCAGAAUAAUCGAGGACAUAAUUAUCGACGAGGAUUACAUAAUAAUAAUCGUCAUAAUUAUUAUCAUAAUCGAAAUAAUAAUAAUUAUAAUAAUAAUAAUCAACGAAAUAUAUUUCCCUUAAAAUAG